UUCAUUUUUAUUGUGUGCCUAGAUCUUUGUCUGCUGUCCUUGGACCCUCAAUUCUUCCCCCUUCUGGUCCAGGCCCCACGGCAUCUCCGGACCCUUAAUGGGGGAGGAUCCCACACCUUCCUGCCUGUGUGGUGUGCUUGUGUGAGUGUGUGUGUGUGUGUUGCAGACUCUGGAGCAGCAGCGGCGGCAGCAGCAGCAUCAUCCUCCGCAUCAUCCCUUCCUCCUCCUCGGAGCAUCCUUCUCCAUCCUUCCUUCCUCUGGCAAUGCAGGGCUCUCCAUCCUCCUGAGCCGAGCCAAAGGCAUCGCGGCACAGUUAGGCCGGAAGGAAGCGCAGAGGGGAUGGUGCUCGAGGGCAGCCCGGAAGCGGUGACGUCCCAGUCCAUCGACCUCCGGCGCGCCUGUCCCAAGAACGGCCGCCUUUACCCUUCCGCGGGGGACAGCCUCCUCUUGUCCAAGGAGCCCGUCAAGUACGGGGAGCUCAUCGUCUUGGGGUACAAUGGCUCCUUGCCCAACGGCGACAAGGGCCGGCGCCGCAGCCGGCUGGCCUUGUUCAAGAGGCCCAAGGCCAACGGAGUCAAGCCAGACGUCAUCCACCAUAUCUCCACGCCGCUCGUGUCCAAGGCCCUAAGCAACAAAAGCCAACACAGCAUCUCGUACACACUUUCCCGGAGCCACUCGGUCAUCGUGGAGUACACACACGACAGUGAAACUGACAUGUUCCAGAUCGGGCGCUCGACGGAGAGCAUGAUAGACUUUGUGGUGACGGACACGGCCUCGGGGUCCAGCGCGGCCACGGACGGCCAGUCGGCGCAGAGCACCAUCUCCCGCUUCGCCUGCCGCGUCAUCUGCGAGCGGAGCCCCCCGUACACCGCGCGCAUUUACGCUGCCGGCUUCGAUGCCUCGCGCAACAUUUUCCUUGGAGCAGGAGAGGGCGGCGAAGUGGAGGACUCCGGACGGGCUGAUGGACGGCUUGACCACCAAUGGGGUGCUGGUCAUGCACCCCAACGGGGGCUUCAGCGAGGACUCCACGCCCGGCGUGUGGCGAGAGAUUUCCGUGUGCGGGAACGUGUACGCCCUGCGAGACAGCCGCUCUGCCCAGCAGCGGGGCAAACUGGUGGAGUCGGAGUCGAACGUGCUGCAGGACGGCUCGCUGAUCGACCUCUGCGGGGCCACGCUGCUGUGGCGGACCUCGGAGGGGCUCCGACACACGCCAACGCUGCAGCAGCUGGAGGCGCUGCGGCAGGAGAUCAACGCGGCACGGCCACAGUGCCCGGUGGGCUUCAGCACGCUGGCCUUCCCCAGCCUGGCGCAGCGUGGGGUGGUGGAGAAGAAGCAGCCCUGGGUCUACGUCAACUGCGGCCACGUCCACGGCUUCCACAACUGGGGCUUCCGCAAGGAGAAAGGGGGCCUGGAGCGGGAAUGCCCCAUGUGCCGGCGGGCGGGCCCCUACGUGCCGCUCUGGCUGGGCUGCGAGGCCGGGCUCUACCUGGGCGCCGGGCGGCCCACCCACGCCUUCUGCCCCUGCGGCCACGUCUGCUCCGCCAAGACUGUACAGUAUUGGGCCCAGAUCCCGCUGCCCCAUGGCACCCACGCCUUCCAUGCCGCCUGCCCCUUCUGCGGCACCUGGCUCACUGGCCAGCAGGGCUUCGUCCGGCUCAUCUUCCAGGGGCCGCUCGACUGAGAUGGGAGGGGGGGCGGGCGGGGGGCAGGCGGGCGAGGGGCGGUGGCAGGCGGGUGAGGGGGAUGGCCAAUAAACAGCAAAACACCCCAGAAGGCUUUCUCAUCUCUCACACCGUGCGCUGUGUACCGUGCGCUUGGUGGGCAAUUGUGGGAGGCGAGGCGUCAUCUGCACCGUAGAACAGGUUUGCUUCG